AUGAACCUGGAUGCUUUGUUCCAGCAAAUACAGUUCACGGAGAAGCAGGCAAGAGAGAAGAGGUCCCUCAUUCAACAAGCUAAAUUCGACAUAAAUAGAAUUUAUGAAAAAAUUAACCAAAUAAAAGAAGAGCUGAGCACUGCAAAAAUGAAAUUAGAAACUAAGGUUCAGCAUCUGUCUGAAAAACAGUUCUGCUUAGAAAUUCUGAAGAAACGUGAAGACAGCUUAGAAAAGCAGAAAGCUGAACUUAUAAAUCAGAAAAGCAGUCUUCUUAAAAGCAUUACAGAUACAAAGAGAAAAAUGACAGAAGAAGAAGAUAAUUUUACUAGAGAAGUAAUAGAGUUUAACAAUGAGUAUGGACUAACAAGUAAUAGAGACCUUCUGUUUAAAAAAAAAGUCAAGACUGAAAUAAAUGACUUAGAGAAUGAGGCAGCUCUGUUGAAAAAUGAAAUUGCUUCAAUGGAACAUAAAAAUAUUCAGUUAAAUGCAUUCCAGCUGCAGAAGGAAGAAUUAAAGCAGGAUUUAUUUACUCUCCAAAGCAAACUCAGAGACCUUGAGACAGUAAUCAGGGAGGCUGAAAGAACGACAAAAGAUUUAGAAGCAGAAAAAGUCCAAGUCACUGAAAAACCUCGGACUGAUCCUGAAUGUUUAAGGCUUAAGAAAGAAUUGGAAAACUACAAAGAUGAUGAUUGGGAAAGUAUCUGUGAGACUCUUCGAACAGAAAUUGAAAUUCUGCAAAUGAACCUAUCACAGAAAAAGUCUUCUGACAAGUGA